GCGAAGGGUUGCGCGGCGUGGAGCUCCAUUUUGAGAUAUAAAAGACCAAUACAAUCUGGCUUUCUUUAAUUGUCUGUUAUGACGCGAUCGGUCCCACGUAUGGUUUUAGUUUGAAGGGUGAAAGACCAAAACUGCUGUUCCAUCAUCGCUAGCUUGUUUCGUGCAGCUCCCAGCGCACACUGGCGGCAGUGGCGUCUCCCUUUUCGUGCUAACACGUUAAAGCCGCAGGACUGUUGCUCCUUUCUCCUCCGGCCUCCCGUUUGUCAGAACCUGGCUGCCUUUAUUCGAGGACGGUAGGUGGAGUGACUGUAAGAUCAUAUGUGCCUACGAGUGUGACACGCCUCUGAUCAAUGGCUACCUCAGGCUCCACCCCUCUUCCUACACCUGCCACUGUGCCUGAGGAUUUCCACUUUGAGACCAAGUACAUUGUGCUCAGCUACCUGGGACGGCUUCCUGGUGGCAGACCACAAUCGGCUGAAGGAGAACCCACAAGCAUAGAUAAAGAGCAGGUAGAAGGAGAGCUGAAACGACUAGAAGAAGAAGUUGCUGCUUCCUUUUCCAGCACGGGUUUUGACUGCCGCGCAUCACUGGUUUUCAGUCCAGCCAACCCUGACAUGGCAAUUGAAGACUGUCUCGCUGAGCUGGGAGAGCGCAUGGUCCGAGAGCUGGACACACACCUGAAAGCAGCCGUACACACACUUCUAUCAGGAUCUUUGGAGUACGAAACAUUCCGAGAUGCAACACUGGACCUGUCAACACACACACAAGGAGCGUGGAGCAAAGUUCUGGUGCCUUUGGUGUUGCUUCAGGCUUUACAAAACCAAGGUCAGUCCCUGGUAAAUCUGCUGCAUCUUGGAGUGCGCUUCCUGGAGGAGGCUCACGGUGAAUACAUCAUCCAACAUGGGGGAUAUGGUGAAAUAUUUGGACUGGGUUCAGAGGAGGAGCAGAGCGUUGCCAUCGCUGAAGACAGCAACGACAUCUACAUCCUGUCGGGGGAUCCGGCGCCCGAUCAGCUGAGCCCUCCGUCGUCUCUGCUGUGCACGGGCGACAACAGCAGCGGGCUCAGCUCCUGGCAGACCGAGAGCUUACCCGUGUCGCUGGCCGGCCACGAGUCGUGGGCGCAGGUGUGCGCGAUGGACCCCGAGGACAUCAAGAGCCUGGACAGCAACGAGGGCGGGGCUCUGGCCGAGGAGCGCAGCGAGAACAACUCCUCCAACUCGGACAUCGUCCACGUGGAGCGCGAGGAAGCCGAGCUGCUGGACGAAGGCGGAGCCAUAGAGGAGAGCAUGAUGAGCGUUUUAGGUACGGAGAGCGAGCUCGCUCAGCUCCGGGAGGAAAUUAGUAGCCAGAUGACCGCAGCUCCUGCGACGUCAGAGGUAGAACCCGCAGCACCCGCCUCUUUGAUCUCUCUAGAACAACCUGUCGUUGUCUUAGAGACGUCAACAGAACCUCCCCUCAUCUCUAUAGAACCACAGCUUCCUCCUCCGGUCCUGGAAGCUUUUGCUCCCCCUGCGUCAGACCCUGAACCUCCAGCACCGUUACCUGUUCCUGCAGUAGAACCAGAGCCUGAGCCAAAAUGGCUGUCUGCUGAGGGUCCGCCCCCAUCUCCAGCAGCGGCCACAGAUCCCGAAGCACACUCGGAGCCUGUAAUGUUGCCCACUCUGCAGGAGCCAGAGACCGCCAGAGAGUCGGAGGUACCCGGGGCCCAGCCGGACCCAGCGUCAGAGCUCCAGGUUCUGCUCUGCGGAGGAGCGACCCUGGUGCUCCUUGUUGCCGUCAUGGCGUACGGUGUCAUCAGAUACAGGAGGAAGUAGUAUAGACGUAGUUCCUGCUCGGGGUGGGUUUAGUGUACCCGUGAAAGGAUGAUCCAAGUACUUAGUCCACUGAAGAUUGCAGGGGGGGGGCUGCUUUUGAAGGUCUCCAGUCCAGGACAAUCCCUCUCACUUGAACCUCCACCUCUCCUCAUCCACAACCUUCUCAGCAGAUGCAAGCACAGAAAAAAGGGAAUUAAAUGCACUUCCUGUCUGAUGUUCAAAGCCCACCUCUCCUGCUUUUGCUCUCCUGAGUGUCUUUUUUCAUUUAAAGACCUACUGAAAGCCACUACUAGCCACCACGCAGUCUGAUAGUUUAUAUAUCAAUGAUGAAAUAUUAACAUUGCAACACAUGACAAUACGGCCGCUUUAGUUUACUAAAUUGCAAUUUUAAAUUUCCCGCGGAGUUUCUUGUUGAAAACGUCGCGGAAUGAUGACGUGUGUUUGUGACGUUAUUGGAUGGAGGCGACAUAUUAGUCGUCUCUUUUCAUCGCAUAAUUACACAGUAUUCUGGAUAUCUGUGUUGAUGAAUCUGUUGCAAUUUGUUCAAUUAAUAAUGGAGAAGUCAAAGUAGAAAGAUGGAGGUGGGAAGCUUUUAUCCUUUAGCCACACAAACACACGGUGUUUCCUUGUUUAAAAUUCCCGAAGGUGAAGCUUUACUAUGGAUCAGAGCGGUCAAGCGAACAUGGAUCCCGACUACAUGUCAACCGGCAGUUUUCGGUGAGAAAAUUGUGGAAAUAAGUCGCCUCCUACCGGAGAUCAGCAGAGCCAGCGUCCUCCUGCAGCUGCCGUGACUUCUGUCAGAACACACCCGUGGCCACACCACUCCGACUUUAAGGUACUAUUUAACUCACUAAAACACUAGCAACACUACAGGCAGAUAAGGGAUUUUUCCCAUAAUUAUCCUAGUAAAUGUGUCUAAAAACAUCUGAAUCGCUCUCACUGCCCUUGCCUUUUUUUUUUUUCUAGGCCUUCACUCUAAAUUUCCUCAUCCACGAAUCUGUCGUCCUCGCUCAAAUUAAUGGGGAAAUUGACGCUUUCUCGGUCCGAAUCGCUCUAGCUGCUGGUGGCUAUGAUUAUAAAUAAUGUUCAGAUGUGAAGAGCCUUACAACCAGUGACAUCACGCACACAUCGUCUGCUACUUCCGGUACAGGCAAGGCUUUUUUUAUUAGCGACCAAAAGUUGCGAACUUUAUCGUGGAUGUUCUCUACUAAAUCCUUUCAGCAAAAAUAUGGCAAUAUGGCGAAAUGAUCAAGUAUGACACAUAGAAUGGACCUGCUAUCCCCGUUUAAAUAAAAACAUCUCAUUUCAGUAGGCCUUUAAAAACAUUCGUGUCAUUUUCUAUUACACGGUUUGAAUGCCCAAAUGGAAAGUAGGAAAUUAUAUUUUACGUUGCAUAUAAAUGCUACCCUACUUUAAGUCUUUUAUUAAAAGGAAACUGCAGCACAAUGUAAAUAAUAUUUAUAAGUAAAGGAAAUCAAGUCGAUCAUUGGCUGCAGUGUUAAUAUAAUUAUGCCACGUUAACAACUUUACAAUUAAGUUGUUUUUCCUUAUUUGCUGUCCCUUUUAUUUAUGCACAACAACAAGCUGUGGUUGAAAAUGUCCAACUAUUAACACUCCCAAAGUUCAUGUCGAGGGCAACUUUUUUUCUCAGUAAAAAUCAAGUGAAUGUUCCAUCAAACUUUGUACCUUGAAUUUCCAACAAGACGCUCUUGAGAAUAAAGAAAGUGUGAAUGUG